AUGGACUCGCUGAUAGACACAUCUACCACUUUGUCACCCUUGGCAAUCAAUAGCAAUAAGCAGAUGGAGCAUAACUAUAAGCUAGCGUUGAAGCAAUUUAUGGGUAAGAAUUUUGCAGGGUCAUUCAAGCUAAUACACGAACUUUAUCUCGAUGCGUUUUCGGAAUUCAAACAGGGAACGAUUUCAACCAAUUUACUUGUUAAGAUCAUCAACUUGUAUCUCGUAGUAGUAGGAGUGUGUUUAAAGGAUAAGAGACUUAACCAAGUACAAGCUAAUGUGGCUCGGAACUCAGUCACUAGCAACGAAGUAACUAAUUUGAUAAGAGCCAUAUGGCUCCCAAAUGAAAUACCCUAUGAAAUCACUUUUAAUUUUAAUUUGAUGCUUAUUUUAAACCAAGAUCUUAUUAAUAAUAAGGACCAGUAUCUUCAUGAUUUGAAAAAAUCCUACAUUGAUAUCGACGAGAGUGACAAGUACGGUAAAAAGUUUUUAGAUUUGGUCAAGUUUGAAAUACUUCCUCAGCUUGACCAAUAUGAUGAAGCUUUUAGAAUAAUCGGCAACAAUUUAGAAGAAAAGAACAAACUAGCGACGCUCAAGGAAGAAAAACUACUGAAUUUGCAAAAGACCAAGAAUGAAAAGUUAGAAGCGGAACGAAGAGCCAAGGAGCAAAAGGAUAAAGAAGAUGCUGUGGCCAGGGCAUUAGCUAGAGAACAAAACUUGAAAUACAAAUCAAUAAAGGAAAUCAGAAGAAGUUAUGAGAAUGAAAGAAAUUUGGAACUGGGCAAAAAGACAAUGAAACCUUCUGAGCAAGACAUCAAACAGAAGCUCAUGUAUUUACUCCUGCUAGUGAAGGUAUACUUGCAGAAAAACGUCCUCAUUUUGCUUGUGAUACUGGCAAUAGUGAUGAGUUCGGGGAGAUAUCUCAGAAAUGCCAAUAUUAGAGAUAAAUUAGUGGAUACAGUGAAAAUGGCAUUCAAAUUCACUUAUAAAGAGCAGUCGCUAGCGUUGCCUUCAUCAUCACCGCUAGUAAACACAAUAGACUCAGGCAAUGGAAUGUGGGUAAUUGGAUAUGGCUCUUUGAUAUUUAAGCCACCGCCCAAUGUCUCAUUUAAAGUUGUGGGUUAUAUACAAGGGUAUGUACGCCGAUUUUGGCAGAGUUCCAUUGAUCAUAGAGGAACUCCAGCGUCUCCAGGACGUGUUGUAACUUUGAUAUCUCUAGACGAGCUCCGUAAGGGAGAAAAGUUUUUCCAUAAUGACUUGCACACUUAUGAGUUGAGAGACAAAAAGAUUGUUGAUGUUAACCAUACUAUUUCUGAUUUGAAGCCUGAGGAUUUGAAAGUAAGUGGUUGUGCUUACUAUAUCGAGCCGCAAAACGUAGAAGAAGUUAGUAAAUAUCUUGAUAUACGUGAACAGAAUGGGUACGAGUUAAAGACUGUUAAGUUUUACAUCACCGAUACCGAUUCUAAAUUAUACGAGCACGUAAAGGUAAAGGAAGAUGAGUUUGGAAGGUACUUAGACAGCCUGAUAUAUAUUGGCGGGUUGGAAUUAGAAAGCUUUGUUGGGCCAGAAGAUAUUCGCAAGACUGCUGCUAUUAUUAAAACUAAUGUAGGGCCAAGUGGCAAAAACAGCGAGUACUUGAUCAAUUUAACCAGAUCAAUUAGAGAGCUUGGAUGCAAAGAUUAUUAUUUAGAGGACUUGAUAGAGCUAAUAAACUAA